UAGGUUUCUGUGGAGUGUGGGGUGUUCUGCUCCUGCCUGUCUAUACAGCUGUUUUCAGGAGCCACCUUCCAGGGAAGGUGUGGAGGACUACUAGACGAGUCAUGAAGAAUCGGUUUGUGGUGCUGGGCCUGGUGGCUGUGGUUCUGGUAUUUGUCAUCAUCAGCCUCUGCAUCUGGCUGCCCUACACUUCUAGGAAGCUGGACCAUGUGUAUUCCAGGGCAGCUGUGGCCACAGAUGCCAAGCGCUGCUCAGAGAUUGGACGGGACAUGCUACAGGAAGGUGGCUCCGUGGUGGAUGCAGCCAUCGCAAGCCUGCUGUGUAUGGGGCUCAUAAAUGCUCACAGCAUGGGCAUUGGGGGCGGCCUGUUCUUCACCAUCUACAACAGCACCACACGGAAAGCUGAGGUUAUCAAUGCCCGUGAGGUGGCUCCCAGGCUGGCGAGUACCAACAUGUUCAACAGCUCGAAAGAAUCUGAAGAAGGUGGCCUUUCAAUAGCAGUUCCUGGUGAAAUCCGUGGCUACCAGCUGGCACACCAACGGCAUGGGCGACUACCCUGGGCUCGCCUCUUCCAGCCCAGCAUUGAGCUGGCCCGUCAUGGCUUUCCUGUGGGCAAGGCCUUGGGAAUGGCCCUGAACAAAAACCGGGAAAUCAUUGAGCAGACACCUGCGUUAUGUGAGGUGUUCUGCCGGCAAGGGAAGGUGCUUCGAGAAGGAGAGAUCGUGACUAUGCCAAGGCUGGCAAAUACGUUACAGGUUCUGGCCCAGGAAGGAGCCCAGGCCUUCUACAAUGGGAGCCUCACGGCCCAGAUUGUGAAGGACAUCCAGGAGGCUGGAGGCAUUAUGACAGUUGAGGACCUGAAUAACUACCGUGCCGAGCUGAUUGAGCAUCCGAUGAGCAUCAGCCUUGGAGACUUGACACUGUAUGUGCCCAGUGCCCCACUCAGUGGACCAGUGCUGAUUCUCAUCUUGAAUAUCCUCAAAGGAUACAACUUCUCUCCGAAGAGUGUGGCAACCCCUGAGCAGAAGGCCCUGACGUAUCACCGUAUUGUGGAGGCCUUUCGGUUUGCCUAUGCAAAGAGGACCAUGCUUGGUGACCCAAAGUUUGUCGAUAUGUCUCAGGUGAUCCGCAACAUGAGCUCUGAGUUCUUUGCUGCUCAGCUUCAAGCCCGAAUCUCUGAUGGAACCACUCAUUCAACCUCCUACUAUGAUCCUGAAUUCUACAUUCCUGAUGACGGGGGUACUGCUCACCUGUCUGUGGUUUCGGAAGAUGGAAGUGCUGUGUCUGCCACCAGCACCAUCAAUCUCUAUUUUGGCUCCAAGGUCCUUUCUCCAGUCAGUGGGAUCCUGUUUAAUGAUGAGAUGGAUGACUUCAGCUCACCCAACUUUGUCAACCAGUUUGGGGUGUCCCCCUCACCAGCCAACUUCAUCAAGCCAGGGAAGCAGCCACUUUCAUCCAUGUGCCCCUCGAUCAUUGUGGACAAGGACGGCAAGGUGAAGCUGGUGGUGGGAGCCUCGGGAGGCACGCAGAUCACCACAUCCACAGCACUGACCAUCAUUAACAACCUGUGGUUUGGCUAUGAUGUGAAGACAGCAGUGGAAGAACCCCGACUGCACAACCAGCUGAUGCCCAACACCACCACAAUAGAGAAAAACAUUGAUCCGGUGGUGGCUGCAGGCCUGAAGGCUCGGAACCACUACACAGAGGUUGCAUCCACCUAUGUCGCUGUGGUUCAGGCCGUUGCUCGAACAUCCAGUGGUUGGGCAGCUGCCUCAGACUCCAGGAAAGGCGGGGAGCCAGCUGGCUACUGAGCCCUCAAAAGGGGCCAGGCAGACCUGCAAUCCAGGGACGAGAGACUGACCAGGAACAAGAGUGGAACUUUGGAGGACAUGCUGUCCCUGGGUGGGACUGAGCAGUAUAAUAAAUAAAUGGGGUCAACAGCCAAGCUCUG